CCUCACAUUACAUUUCAGAAUUUCUGAUUUCCUGAACACACCUCCACACGCUCAGGCACGCACUCACGCUCAGGCACAAACUCAGGCACCUGACCCUAAAGACGAUGCUCUUGUGUAAGAGACAGGUGGAUACUGGAGGAGCGAGAGAGAGCAACUGAGGACAGAGAAGAAGAAACAACACACGAGAGGAAAACACUAGGACAAACUGUUGUCUGAUAUUUGAGCUGUGGCAGCUUUGGAGUUAGGAUUGACUAAUUAUACGGGAAAUGAUGGAGAGACACAUGCACUGUGUGAUCAAACUGAAGAGGACAAGUCUUCCUACAUAGGAGUCACACACACAUACACUAUACGCUUAAACCUACGCAGACUGCAGAUGCUUUUGAAAAGCAUCAGGAGGAUGCAUGGCCUUUGCUUUAAAGGACAGUGGAGAUGGACACAACAUUUCCUUCUUGUCAUCUGGCUUUUGCUGCUGGCUGCCGCUCCACCCAAAGCACAUGGCUAUUUCCUGGGAGACACUAAAGCAGUAUUAAAUGGCUGUGAAGAUCACUGGACCCUGCAGGACAGGGCCGCCAUGCCGUUGCUCUUUCAACUGACUGUGUGUGUCGACAUCCGCGUGGUUGUCCCCGGAGCCUGGGUGGCCUUCUCUUACAGCUCGGUCCAUGCACCCAGACCUGAGCUGGGUCUGGAGGGAGACGAUGAGGCGCUGUACGGGUGGCUGCUGAGGGUCCGACACCGAUUUCCUCUCCGGCUGACCCCAACACACUGGCACCGGGUGUGUCUGAGGAGGGACGUACUGCACAACUCCUUUAGCCUGGAGGUUAAUGGGAUAAUGGUGGCAGAGAGGACGGUCAUCGCUCACGCCAUCCCCCCCUCCGGCUCCCUGUGGCUGGGCUGUCGUCCCAGAGACCGACCCCCGGGAGCCACGCUCGGAGCAGUGGAGCUGUACCUGUUCCGCAUGUGGCCGGACCUGGCUGACCAUGGCUUCUGCGAGGACGGCACUGUGAUUGGCUGGAAUGCUCAGUACUGGGGCCUGACCAGUCCCAGGGCCAGACAGAGAGACCACAACCUUCUGUGUGACCACAGACGGUUCAGACGCAAGGUACAUCAUAGCCACAACAACAGGGCAAAUCCAACUCCCGAAUGGCCAAUUGCAAAAAGAGCAUUUACUGUCAAUCAAACAAGCGACCAGAUCCCAGGGUCCCAAUUAGUCAAUUGUUACAUAAAACAACUCUGUUCCAAUAAAGAUGCUUAUUUUUGGAUGUCCAUAAGUGUUGAGGCUAAUGGGGGCAAUAAGGAUGAAGGAGAUGUCAAAAAACUGGUGUCAGAUGCGUUUGGUUGCCAAGGUGACAGGAAGGCUGCACAAAAUUUCUGUAAGGGUAACACACAACCUCAGGUAAAACGGGUGAACUGCAAGACAAAAAGUAACAUAAGCAAAACAACCUGUGAUGUGGUGUUGGAGCUCAGCCACGCCAUCUCAGCGUGUGAACUGCAGCAUGCUGGAGUCUCUGCACUGCAGCAAGCUGGAGAUGAACAAAUACAAGCGAGAAUCAUAGGAGAGGUGGAGAGAGUCGGUCAAGAUCUUUGUGAGGGUGUGGUGCCCUCCGAUGGCAGCUUUGUGAGGUGUACAUCCACAUCUUCCCUGGAUAAUAUCUGUCGUCAGGGAAUGAAGCACUCAGAGCUUACAUGCUCCCUUAUAGGACCAAAUUCCAACCCAGUUCCACAGCAGAAUACAGAGUCCUGCAGCGGCCAGUUUUUUGCCAUAAGAAUCAAUAUAAACAGUGCUUCUGUUAAUGUCAACCUCCUAAGAUCAAUGUUGUCAAGACUAAGUGUAGCCAAGCUGUGUAUGUCUGGGUCAUCGUGCCCAGAUAUUGCAAAGUACUACCAGGGUUCUCAUCUGGAAUGCCAUGGGACACAACAGAGGUUGUACAGCUGCAUGGUGAUACUGGAGAUGUCUGGACCUGUCAGUAAUUGCUACCUAAGUAAACUUCUGCAGCAACUUAUUGACAACAACAUUGGCAUAAGAAACGAAAAGCCACUUACGCGCAUGGUGGUUUGUGGUCAUCCUGGUCUGCCUGUCCACAGACUGUUAACAUCUAAUCUGACCUGGGUUGGCAGUGAUCUGCUGACCUCUGAUGUGUGCCAACCUGACCCCACUCUGCUUAAAUGUGAGGCACAUGAGACGCUUGCUGUACUUCUGACUGACAGCUGCCCUCCCACAACCCAGCAGAGCUCAACGCAGCCUAACACGAUCACUCCACUCACUACACUUAACAGUACACAGUCCUCAACAGCACAACCUGUCCUCCAAACCAGCUUACAAAAUAAGACUGUGACUUUCUCUAGCAGCAUAACAAUACAGAACACAACAUCAUUGAUGCCCACUGAAGGUACAAAACUGCAAAACACAACCACAGCACACCAAAACACACCAGAAGUUAUAACAUUAUCCUCUGUCAACUCAACAUUACAAAGCACUCCAGCUGCUCUUACUGAUUCAACACUUAACACAAUUACACUGUCUCCUAAUCACACCACAGAGCACAGUGUGAAUACAGUUACACCGUCUCCCAAUCACACAACAGAGUACAGUUUAACUACAGCAGACGACAACCGGAACCUACACAAUGAUACAAUUGCAACAAGUAACCCAACCAUUAGCACAUUUACAACUUCCCCCAAACACACAGCAGAGCACACUGCAACUACAGUCACCACAAUUUACACAACAGAGCACAAUGUAACUACAGUCCCCACAAAUUACACAACAGCCUCUAACAAUUACACAAAAAAGUACAACGUAACUACAGCAGACAACAACUGGAACCUACACAAUGAUACAAUUGCAACAAGUAACCCAACCAUAAGCAAUCCCAAUCCCACAGCAGAGUACAGUUUAACUACAGCAAAUGACAACCUGAAUCUUCACAAUGAUACAAUUGCAACAACUAACCCAACCAUUAGAACAUUUACAACUUCCCCCAAACACACAGCAGAGCACACUGCAACUACAGUCACCACAAAUUACACAACCGAGUACAGUAUAACUACAGCAGACGACAACAGGAACAUACACAAUGAUACAAUUGCAACAAGUAACCCAACCAUUAGCACAUUUACAACUUCUCCCAAACACACAGUUACUCUGUCUCCCAAUCACACAACCGAGCACAAUGUAACUACAGUCACCACAAAUUACACAACAGAGUACAGUAUGACUACAGCAGACGACAACAGGAACAUACACAAUGAUACAAUUGCAAAAAGUAACCCAACCAUUAGCAAUCCCAAUCCCACAGCAGAGUACAGUUUAACUACAGCAAAUGACAACCUGAACCUUCACAAUGACACAAUUGCAACAACUAACCCAACCAUUAGCACAUUUACAACUUCCCCCAAUCACACAACCGAGCACAAUGUAACUACAGUCACCACAAAUUACACAACAGAGUACAGUAUAACUACAGCAGAUGACAAUGGGAACAUACACAAUGAUACAAUUGCAAAAAGUAACCCAACCAGUAGCACUCCCAAUCACACAGCAGAGUACAGUUUAACUACAGCAGACGACAACAGGAACCUACACAAUGAUACAAUUGCAACAAGUAACCCAACCAUUAGCACAUUUACGACUUCUCCCAAACAUACAGUUACACCUUCUCCCAAUCACAAAACAGAACACAAUGUAACUACAGUCACCACAAACUACACAACAGCCUCUAACAAUUACACAACAGAGUAUACUAUAACUACAGCAAGCAACAAUUGGAACAUACAUAAUGAUACAAUUGCAACAAGUAACCCAACCAGUAGCACUCCCAUUCACACAGCAGAGUACAGUUUAACUACAGCAGACGACAACAGGAACCUACACAAUGAUACAAUUGCAACAAGUAACCCAACCAUUAGCACAUUUACAACUUCUUCCAAACAUACAGUUACACCUUCUCCCAAUCACAAAACAGAACACAAUGUAACUACAGUCACCACAAAAUACACAACAGCCUCUAACAAUUACACAACAGAGUAUAACGUAACUAUAUCAGGAAACAACAGUAACCUACACAAUGAUACAAUUGCAACAAGUGACCCAACCAUUAGCAAUCCCAAUCCCACAGCAGAGUACAGUUUAACUACAGCAAAUGACAACCUGAACCUUCACAAUGAUACAAUUGCAACAACUAACCCAACCAUUAGCACAUUUACAACUUCCCCCAAACACACAGCAGAGCACACUGCAACUACAGUCACCAGAAAUUACACAACCGAGUACAGUAUAACUACAGCAGACGACAACAAGAACAUACACAAUGAUACAAUUGCAACAAGUAACCCAACCAUUAGCACAUUUACGACUUCUCCCAAACACACAGUUACUCCGUCUCCCAAUCACACAACUGAGCACAAUGUAACUACAGUCACCACAAACUACACAACAGCCUCUAACAAUUACACAAAAAAGUACAACGUAACUACAGCAGACGACAACCGGAACCUACACAAUGAUACAAUUGCAACAACUAACCCAAUCAUUAGCACAUUUACAACUUCCCCCAAACACACAGCAGAGCACACUGCAACUACAGUCACCACAAAUUACACAACCGAGUACAGUAUAACUACAGCAGACGACAACAGGAACAUACACAAUGGUACAAUUGCAAAAAGUAACCCAACCAUUAGCAAUCCCAACCCCACAGCAGAGUACAGUUUAACUACAGCAAAUGACAACCUGAACCUUCACAAUGAUACAAGUGCAACAAUUAACCCAACCAUUAGCACAUUUACAACUUCCCCCAAACACACAGCAGAGCACACUGCAACUACAGUCACCGCAAAUUACACAACAGAGUAUACUAUAACUACAGCAAGCAACAAUUGGAACAUACAUAAUGAUACAAUUGCAACAAGUAACCCAACCAGUAGCACUCCCAUUCACACAGUAGAGUACAGUUUAACUACAGCAGACGACAACAGGAACCUACACAAUGAUACAAUUGCAACAAGUAACCCAACCAUUAGCACAUUUACCACUUCCCCCAAACAUACAGUUACACCUUCUCCCAAUCACAAAACAGAACACAAUGUAACUACAGUCACCACAAACUACACAACAGCCUCUAACAAUUACACAACAGAGUAUAACGUAACUAUAGAAGAAAACAACAGGAACCUACACAAUGAUACAAUUGCAACAAGUAACCCAACCAUUAGCACAUUGACGACUUCUCCCAAUCACACAGCAGAGCACAGUGUGAAUACAGUUACACAGUCUCCCAAUCACACAGCAGAGUACAGUUUAACUACAGCAGACGACAACCGGAACCAACACAAUGAUACAAUUGCAACAAGUAAUCCAACCAUUAGCACAUUUACAACUUCUCCCAAUCACACAGUAGUGUACAACCUAACUACAGCCUCUAACAAUUACACAACAGAAAACAGUUUAACUGCAGUCACACCUUCUCCCUAUGACACAACAGAAAACAUUGUUACUACAGUGGACAACAACUGGGACUUACACAAUGGCACAACUGCAACAAGUAAUAAAUCAAUGAGCACAAUUAUAACUUCUCCAAAUCACACUGUAGUGUACAAUGCAACUACAGCCACCGACCAUUACACCACAGAAUACAAUUUAACUACAGUCACACCCUCUCCCAAUGACACAACAAAGUACAAUCUAACAACAGCCAAAGCAAUUGUACACAAUGGUAUAAUUACAACAAGUAAUGCAACAAUGAGCACAAUUACAACUUCUCCAAAUCACACAUUAGUAUACAGUGCAACUACAGCCACCGACAAUUACACAACAGAUUACAAUUUGACUACAGUCACACCUUCUCCCAAUGACACAACAAAGUACAAUCUAACAACAGCCGAAGCAAUUGUACACAAUGGUACAAUUACAAGUAAUGCAACAAUGAGCACAAUUACAACUUCUCCAAAUCACACAGUAGUGUACAAUGCAACUACAGCAACCAACAAUUACACAACAGAUUACAAUUUAACUACAGUCACACCUUCUCCCAAUGACACAACAAAGUACAAUCUAACAACAGCCAAAGCCAUUGUACACAAUGGUACAAUUACAACAAGUAAUGCAACAAUGAGCACAAUUACAACUUCUUCAAAUCACACAGUAGUGUACAAUGCAACUACAGCCACCGACAAUUACACAACAGAUUACAAUUUAACUACAGUCACACCUUCUCCCAAUGACACAACAAAGUACAAUCUAACAACAGCCAAAGCCAUUGUACACAAUGGUACAAUUACAACAAGUAAUGCAACAAUGAGCACAAUUACAACUUCUUCAAAUCACACAGUAGUGUACAAUGCAACUACAGCCACCGACAAUUACACAAUAGAUUACAAUUUGACUGCAGUCACACCUUCUCCCAAUGACACAACAGAGUACAAUCUAACAACAGCCGAAGCAAUUGUACACAAUGGUACAAUUACAACAGUUAACGCAACAAUGAGUAAAUUUACACCUUCUCCCAAUUACACAACUGUGAACAAUGCAAGUACAACCACCAAGAAUUACACAACAGCCACCAACACUUACACAACAGAUUACAAUUCAACUACAGUCACACCUUCUCCCAAUGACACAACAAAGUACAAUCUAACAACAGCCAAAGCCAUUGUACACAAUGGUACAAUUACAACAAGUAAUGCAACAAUGAGCACAAUUACAACUUCUCCAAAUCACACAGUAGUGUACAAUGCAACUACAGCAACCAACAAUUACACAACAGAUUACAAUUUAACUACAGUCACACCUUCUCCCAACGACACAACAAAGUACAAUCUAACAACAGUUAAAGCAAUUGUACAGAAUGGUACAAUUACAACAAGUAAUGCAACAAUGAGCACAAUUACAACUUCUCCAAAUCACACAUUAGUAUACAGUGCAACUACAGCCGCCGACAAUUACACAACAGAUUACAAUUUAUCUACAGUCACACCUUCUCCCAAUGACACAACAAAGUACAAUCUAACAACAGUUAAAGCAAUUGUACAGAAUGGUACAAUUACAACAAGUAAUGCAACAAUGAGCACAAUUACAACUUCUCCAAAUCACACAUUAGUAUACAGUGCAACUACAGCCACCGACAAUUACACAACAGAUUACAAUUUGACUACAGUCACACCUUCUCCUAAUGACACAACAAAGUACAAUCUAACAACAGCCGAAGCAAUUGUACACAAUGGUACAAUUACAACAGUUAACGCAACAAUGAGUAAAUUUACACCAUCUCCCAAUUACACAACGGUGAACAAUGAAAGUACAACCACCAAGAAUUACACAACAGCCACCAACACUUAUACAACAGAUUACAAUUUAACUACAGUCACACCUUCUCCCAAUGACGCAACAAAGUACAAUCUAACAGCCAAAGCAAUUGUACACAAUGGUACAAUUACAACAGUUAACGCAACAAUGAGUAAAUUUACACCUUCUCCCAAUUACACAAUAGUGUACAAUGUCACUACACUUUCCAAAAAUUACACAACAGCCAUUAAUAUAACCACUACGACUGUAUCUUCAAAUAAAACAGCCACAGACAAUGUAACCACUUCAUCCAUCAGGGAAACGUCACAGAUCACAACUGCUCCUUAUGAAAACAUGACAAUGUCAACUGCAUCCACAAAAAACUUAACCAUGGACAAUAUGACACCUGUUGUCCAUAACACCAGUAAACCAACAGUAGCUCCACCUAACAAUCAGACUGGAAAUCACACUACAGUGAGAGUGACUCAGAAGAUCACAACAACCACCAACUCCACCACAGCUGCCACUGGCAUUAGUCCCAUUAUUAAUCAUAAUGAAACUGUAGGAAUCAACCUCAACCUGAGCUCAACUACAAUCAGUUCAACCGCUGACUUCAACAGAACAACCAAAGGACCAGGAGUACAUUUAACAACUACUCCAGCUAAAGUGUCCCUUGCACAUAUAGCUACAACUCCAACCACCACAGCUACAUCAACCAUACAUGGUCCACUUUCAGGCCAGAUUAACUUGACUACUGAAAAGGUUUCCUUGACUUCUUCUACAACAACUCUCCAAACCACCAUUCUUGCCAGCACAACCACAACAAAACCUGGCACUGGAACUUCCUCCACAAACCCUGCAGAGACAACUAAAAGCCAAGAGGCACAGAAAAAACAAGCCGAUGAGCUGCUGAAUAAAACACAGGAUGCGUCCCAGCUCAACUCCUCUCAGGUGGAACACGUGGUGGGGCAGUUAGAGAAGCUUCUGGAUGGCCCCACUGUUUCUCAGGCAGUGGGAAAAAAGACUAUUGAAAUAAUCAGCAACCUGAUGGAGGCUGACUCACUGGCCCUCUCUUCAUCUGCUAACAAGCUGAUUCAGACAAUAGAUGGGUUGGGUCUUAAGCUGGUUGUCACUGGUGACAGUGAGAUCGUCUCUUCUAAUUCAUUGGUUCUGGCAGUGAGGACAGUUGAUGGGAACAACUUUCCAGCAACAUCUGUUAACAUUUUCAGCCCUUAUAAUGUCCAGCUCCAUACCCUCAGCAGAUCCCAGUACAAGAGGUCAAAGUCUGCGCUAGGGUCCGUAUUCUUGCCCUCCUCCCUCACCUCUGGUCUCAGUCCUGAGAAGCAGCACCAGGCCAACAGGGUCCAGUUCACCUUCUACAACACAUCUGCCCUAUUCCAGGAUGCAGCAUUAAAUAACCAAACCAUUGUCAGUCCAGUGUUGGGCUCCAGUGUGGCCAAUCUGUCUAUAAGCAACCUGUCUGAGAACAUUGAGUUUACCAUCCAAAACAUCAACCCCAUACAUGCAAACAACUCAGCCUCCUGUGUAUAUUGGGACUCCACUCUAAAUGAUGGUGGAGGAGGCUGGAACUCUUCUGGCUGCUUUCUUGUCAGUGCCACACCGGAAGACACAACCUGCAGCUGCAACCAUCUCACAUCCUUUGCAAUACUGCUGGAUUUGUCCAGAGAAGAAAUAACUGACCGCAAGCAGGCACAAAUUCUUACUUUCAUCACCUACAUCGGCUGUGGAAUCUCUGCUGUUUUUCUCUCUGUCACCUUACUGACAUAUCUUUCAUUUGAAAAAUUGCUUCGGGACAUUCCUGCCAAGAUCCUGGUUCAACUCUGCAUGUCCCUCCUCCUCCUCAACCUGGUCUUCUUGCUGGAUGGCUGGCUGGCGCUUUACCCAGCGAUCGGGCUGUGUAUUAGUACUGCCUUCUUCCUGCACUAUUUCCUACUGACAUCAUUCACUUGGGCGGGGCUUGAGGCCCUGCACAUGUACCUGAGCGUCAUCCAGGUGUUCACUCCCUACCUCAGCAGAUACAUGCUCAAGUUCUCGCUGAUGGGCUGGGGAAUUCCUUUUGUUGUGGUGAUUGUUGUGAUAUCAGUGGACAAAGACAACUAUGGCCUGGUCACAUAUGGAAAAUACACAGACGGCACUUCAGAUGACUUCUGUUGGCUGCGUAAUGACAUCGCCUUCUAUGUGGGCGUGGUGGCCUACUUCGUCCUGAUCUUUGCUCUGUGCCUGCUGGUCUUCAUCAUGGUUAUGGUCCAACUGGCCCGGAUCAAGAAGCAGAACCCCCAGAACCAGUCUCCUAACAGGGGAGUGAUGACGGAUGUGCGCAGCAUCGCUGGCCUCAUCAUCCUCCUGGGCCUCACCUGGGGGUUCGCCCUGUUCGCCUGGGGACCUCUCUACCUACCCUUUGUUUACCUUUUCUCUAUAUUCAACAGUCUGCAAGGUUUCCUUGUAUUUGUUUUCCACUGUGCUGUAAAGGAGAAUGUCCGUAGGCAGUGGAGAACCUAUCUUUGCUGCGGGAAACUGCGAUUGGCCGAAAACUCAGAAUGGAGUCGGACAGCCACCCAGAACACCAGGAAUAUGUCAGUUGGCAAAGGAACCACCUCAGCUCUCCCCUUGACCUCUCGAAGCUCCUCUAUGAUCAGUGAUGGCACAAGUAGUAGCGGCUCUGUGUUUGCGGACAGUGGAAUAUCCGACGGCUCCAGCAGCGAUGUUGUCCUCAACGAGAUUCACAGACAAAAUCUGUCACUGCAAGGCGAGGCCUGACAACUGUGUCAAGUGUUUAUUUGUGAUUACAAUAAUUAUCUACUCAGACAGAGCUGAGGGGAACGGUCAGAGAUUAGUGAUCUCCUGCAGCUCGAGUAAACAGAAAAAAACUGUUCAAAUGGAGCAGAUUCUUACAGGAAAUCAGUGUUACACAACGUGAAGGUUUUAAAGGUGUAAUGAAGGACAGGCGACAGCUGGGGAGAAGUAGCUUGGUUCCUUUUCCAAAUUGACAGUAGAAUAUAUCAACACAGGAAUAAUGCAAGAGACUUGUUUGCAGUGGGAGGUGUACAAUAGUGUGUUUCUGACUGAAAAAUGAUCUCACUGCCACAUCAGUGACUCAGUGUAAUACAUUAAUGAGGUAACAUUAUUUUGAGCCUGCAAGACAGCUUAUGGCAUAUUAAAGAUACAAAUUUGCAUCUAAUUAGUUGCCUAGAGCGCUGUCAACUUUGUAUAGACUAUUGUGAAGAUGUUUUGCUGUCUUUUUUUGUGUAUUUCCAGUGCAUUUACAAUGCUCCACUGACUUUUGCCUCUAUAUUUUCAGUAGAGUCCUUGUUUUACACUCCUUACAUUUAAGGGUUGUCAGAAGGCACUAUGGUAAGGGAUUUGUUACCUUAUAUAGAGAUGAAUCAGAUUGAAGUAAAAACGCCAAAUCUCAACUGCCUGAUCUUAAUACAAAAAGCAUUAAUUUAUUAGAAAUUGAUCACAUGUAUCUCAGUAAGAGUAUUUGAAGGCAAAUGUAUCCUUUAAUGUGAGAUAUUGCUUUAUUUUGCUACAUUACAGUGUUGAGGUUAGAGUAAGAGUCAUUAGAACGGCAUAUACUGUACAUUAGAAAAAACAGGAAGUAUGGUGAUGCAGCAUACGGGAGCAAGGACAGAUGCUGCAAAAUGUCCUUGUGCAGGAGUAUGUGCAUGAAAGAGGAGAUAAUAAAGCUUCAACUCAU